AUGAUCCUCUUACCCAUUAAUAUUUUGGGUAUUCUUCUAUUUAUUAUACCUCAUCUUAUAAAUGGAUGGGAAAUAAAAGUUGGGUAUUCUGAUACUCAUGUAACAAUUGGAAAAUUUUAUACACUUCGUUGUACCGUUACUGGAAUUGAAGAUAAUUUUGAUGAAAUAACAAUAUCAUUUCAUAAAGAUGGUUUAACAAAACCUAUAUCAACAACUAAAACACCUAAAAAACUUAAAAAUACUGAAGAGUAUUAUUCUGUUUUAAUGUUAACAAAAGUAAGUGAAGAAGAUUCAGGUACAUAUGAAUGUGUUGUUAAUAUUGAUGAUGAAGAAAAGUCAUCAGAAAAAGUUUCACUAAGUGUUGUUGAUGCACCACAAUUUCUUAAUCCACAACCACUUCAAACGCCAGAAGAAGGUAGUACAGCUAAUAUUAAAUGUUAUGUUAAAAAUCAUGAUGAUUAUGAUAUUUAUUGGACAUUUAAUGGAACAAUUAUUCAAGAAGGUACACCAAGAAAUUAUGACUUUUUAGAAGGAUCACAAAUAUUAGUUAUACCAAAAUUUGAUUCAUCAAUUGAUAAUGGAUUAUAUGAAUGUGUUGCUGCAUAUCAUAAUACUAUAGAAAAAAUGUCAAUUGAAGUAAUUGGAUAUGCACGUCCAUCAAUGACUGUCUUUGAACCUUUUAAUAAUACUGAAAUUUCUGAAGGUAGCAAUUUUGCCAUUCAAUGUCAAGCUGUUGGUAAACCAAAACCUACUUAUGAAUGGAGAGUUACAAAGAAUGGCAUAGAAACAACUAUAGAGACAACUGACAAAUAUAAAGUUGAAGGGGGACUUUUGACGAUUGAUACAAUUGAUAAUGAAGAUACUGGUAAUUAUACAUGUAUUGCUUCAAAUGCUAUGGGAAGUGUUCAAAAUUCUGUUUAUGUUAAAGUUAUUAUAGCUCCAGAAAUUAAAGAUAUACCUGAAAUUAUGGCAAUGAAAGAUGAUGAUGUUGUAGUGGAUUGUUUAUAUAAAAGUGAAGGUAUAACAACAGCAAAAUGGUAUUUUAGUAAACCAUUUACAUCAUCAGAUGAAGAUGAGGAAAAUGAUGAAGAAGAUGAAACAAACACAUAUAUGGAAAUUGAGGAAAAUGAUAAAUAUAAAUUAACAAAUGAUAUAGGAUUACUUAAAUUAACAAUUAAUAAAGUUUCAAAAAAUGAAGCUGGAAAGUAUAGAUGUAGUGUUGAGAAUGCUGCAGGUGUUGAACAUGUUAUUACUUUUAUAAACAUUAAAUUUGCUCCAACACCAAAACCAAUAAAAAUGAAUGAAGUAAUUAUUUUUAAAGAAGAUGUUGUUACAUUAGAAUGUGAAUUUGAAGGAAUGCCAAGACCUGAUAUUGAAUGGUAUCACAAUGAAAAUAUUAUCUAUCCAGAUGGAAUAAAUAUAAUUAAGAAUGAAAAAGGACAUAAAAGUUAUUUAAUUAUUAAUGGAAAACAUAUUCAAGAUAAUAUUUUUGGUACAUAUAAAUGUUUAGGAAGUAAUUCUGUUCAAAAAGCUGUACCAUCAGAUGAAAUUAAUAUUUAUCUUAAAGAAAAACCAGAACAACCAACAAUUUCAUGUUCAGAUGAACUUAGUGCUACUAAAGCUAUUUGUAAUAUUGAUCCUGGUCCAAAUCCUGGAAAAAGACCUGAAACAGUAACAAUUUAUUUUACUCCAAAAGAAUUACAAAUAGAUAUGGAUGAUGAAUUUUGGAUUAAUAGUGAAUUUAAUCAAACAAUAAAAUAUGAUGAAACUAUUACUAUUAUAAAUUUACCACCAAAUACAACAUUUACAGGUAAAGCACAAUCAUUAAAUGCAGCUGGAAUAUCAGAAAUGGGACCAAUAUUUUAUUUUCAAACUGAUCCACCAAGUACACCAGAACCAAUAAAUGAUAUAGAAAUUAAUUGUAAAGAAAUUUGUGAUUUUAUUUGGCCUGAUGCUGAAUUAAAUGGUGGAUGGGGAUUAAAAUAUAGAGUAACAUUUAAUGCUACACAAAAUUUAAAAAAAGAUAAUUUUGAUUUAGCUGAUAUGCAUUUUAUAUCUAUUGAAACAGAAAAUAAUAAAUUAUCAUUUGAUCAAUUAAAACCUGAAAUGGAAUAUAAUAUGGAAGUAAUAACAAUUACAGAACAAGGUGAAUCUGAACCAUUUAUAAUAACUUUAGAAACACCUGAUACUCUUAUUUUUGGAUCCUAUUUUAAAUGGCCAUUUGGAAGUUUUGCUAAAUUUUUAGCAAUUUCUGGAAUUAUGAUGAUUAUUAUAAUUACAACAAUAGAUUUAGUUUUAUAUAUAACAUAUCGUUGUGGAAUAAUUGUCUUUAUAUUAACUCAUUGUUGUGGCAAAAAAAUUGAUAAAGGAUCUCAAAAUAAUGAAGAUGUUGAAAAUAAUGGUCCUGAGAGUAGCAAAUUAUUAUCUGAGAAUCAACCAAUAAAUGUAAAUAAUAAGAAAAGAGAAAUUUAUGGACCAUUUACAACUCAUGUAUAG